AUGCAGCCGAGCGAGCCCAAGGCAUUUGAGUGCCCGCUGCGUGCAAAGGGGAGUUCAAGUCGGGAGGCGCGGGCUGUCCCGUGGGAGCCACGGGAGGAACUUCUUCAGGCUAGAAAGGAGCCUCGUUACAUGGCUGAGUGCAAAGGGACCCCGCGAAUAGAAUAUGCUGAGAAUAUGAUUGAUGGAGUGCGCCUCCGUCCCACAUUUAAUCCGUACGUCAAGCUUACCAAGGCUAAGAGAUACGUACUCGACAACUGGCCCUCCAGGAACUGGGCGGACUGGAACCCAUACAGCUGCUUUGUGAGGGGAAGCCGACGGCGCUAUCAUAUCCCCAAAGACCUUAUGCCGUAUAAAGACGAACUUGGAGAGUGGCAUCCCCCUCGACUCUCCGGUCGAUACAAAGCUGACGUGGAGCGGCAGUACCGCCUCAACGGCCUCGAGUGGGUGUGGGUGAAGAACUUCUACAAGGAGAAGAUGCACAUUCGAGACAGAGAGCCGUUGGGGCCCAAGAGAUGGUAUAUUCGGGAGUUCAGGGUUUCAGCUGUAGAGAUGUUUGGUGACUGUCACAGGCAGCAACAAGUGAAGGAAGCGAUGAAGAAAAUGGAUGACCUGGUGGCGGAGUAUCGCAAGGAGGUGAGGGACAAGCAGCGCUAUAACUGGUUCGAGAAGGUGGUGCACGACUUCGCGGGCGAGCAGCUGUCCUCAGAGUACCUCAGGAGCAGAAAGGAGCCGAAGAUAUAG